CUCCUCUUACUGAGUUGACACCACCGUCUCCUAGCAACGCGCCCGUGUUCCGCUCCAUGCUGCGGUCCAGCUGCAGACCGGACCGAGCCGCCUCCGUGACGGGCGGGUGUCCGCCUCCUCCAUGAAACCGAGCGCGGGCUGAGCCGAUCCGCCGCCAUGAACGACCGGUACCACCGGGCGGCCCGGGACGGGUACCUGGACAUCCUGAGAGAGGCCACGCGGAAGGAGCUGAACGCUCCGGACGAGGAUGGGAUGACGCCGACCCUGUGGGCCGCUUACCACGGCAACCUGGAGGCGCUGCGGCUCAUCGUGAGCAGAGGAGGGGACCCUGACAAGUGUGACAUCUGGGGGAACACGCCGCUCCACCUGGCAGCUGCCAACGGCCACCAGAACUGCCUCUCUUUCCUGGUGGCCUUCGGUGCCAACGUGUGGUGUCUGGACAACGACUACCACACACCGCUGGACAUGGCUGCCUCCAAGGGUCACAUGGACUGUGUUCGCUAUCUGGACUCUAUUGCUGCCAAGCAGAUCACUCUGAACCCAAAGGUGGUUAGUAAGCUCAAAGACCGGGCCUUUCGCUCUGCAGAGCGCCGGAUCAAAGACUGUGAGAAGCUCCAGAGGAAGCAUCGGGAACGGAUGGAGAAGAAGUUCCUGAAGGAGUCUGCGGCUUUGGACAACCUGGAUGCUAUCAGCUUCUCCAGCUAUACCAGCAGCAGCACGCUGAGCCGGAAGUUCAACACCGUGUCCUCUAACAUGCCGUACUCACAGGCUACACUGCAUUCUACAGCCAAAGGUAAAGCCAAGAUCCAGAAAAAGCUGGACAAGAGGAAACAAGGCGAUGGAACGUUCAAGAUAUAUGAAGACGGAAGAAAGAGCGUUCGCUCACUGUCUGGCCUGCAGCUCAGUAAUGACGUUAUGUUCCUCAAACAAGGCACUUAUACCAACCCCAGAGAGCGCUCGCGUCUGAACAUCCGGGACAUGUUCCACCGGGAAAGUGAUGACGAUGCUGAGAGCUUACCUCGUGCCAUGAGCGACCCGGGCCUCUAUGAGGCUGCAUUCUCUGAGAUCAGCGCAGACUCUGGGCGGGACUCCUUGUUUACCCGACCUGGGCUUGGCACCAUGGUUUUCAGGAGGAACUACAUAAGUGGGGGUAUGUUUGGAAUUGGGGAACGGGACCAUGGAAGUGUUGCAGGAAGUGAACCUGCUGGCAAAGCGCCUAAUGUUCGUCUGCACGGACAGCUGCCUCAGCAUUCUCCUAGCUUUGAUGAAGAUAGCAUUGGCAGUGCUGUGAGCCUGCAGGAAAGGAACCUGCAGGAGUUGCCCUGGGAGGACACUGGCAUUGGGCUGGACGAAGACACAGAACCGGAUGAAAAUCCUCUGGAGACCUUCCUGGCCUCUCAGAGCCUCAGUGAGUUCCUAUCCAUCUUCCUUAGAGAAAAGAUCGACUUGGAGGCUCUGCUGCUCUGCUCGGAUCAGGAUCUCAGUGGGAUUCACAUCCCUUUGGGCCCCAGAAAAAAACUGCUGGAUGCUUGUAAGAGACGUCUUCAGACUAUAGAGGAACCCGAGGCCAUUGAAGACACAGAACUUUGAGACUCCGUUUCCUGAUGCUAAUAAAGAACUACUGAAUUCCAGACACUGUUUUGGGUAAUAAAAGACUUCAGCAAUAACUAAA